AUGUCGAGCACACUUGAUGAAUUUCAAGACAACUUAAAGGUAUGCACAACUUCGAUAACUAAUGUCUGUGACGGUGUCAGUCCCCACAAUUCUGACUCAAUAACUGUAGUAAAUCGUGUUUGCCAACCUUCCGAUGUUAGCCAGACCAACGGACAGAAGCAGUGCAUCGAUAUCGAUCAAAGUAAUAAUGGUCUUAGAACACGGGAUUGUGCCUCUCAAACACAAAACCAGAAUUGUGAUCAUUUGUCUGAAGAAUUGAGAGAUGCUCUCAAGAAAGUUGAUCGUCUGUUUGAUUUAACAAACAAUGUUUACAAUUCUAUAAGUAGAUUGAUAAAGGAAACCCCGGUUCCCUGUGGAAAUUGCAUGUUAGGAAAGAAUGCGUCUGGUUCAAAUGCCCAGUCAAUUUCUGCUGGGGAUAUCGGCGAAAAUAUUAGGAAGUGUAACGAAUUAUCUAUUGAACUCGAAGGUGUUAAGUUAGAUGCCGUAAUAACGGAGUCGAGACUCUCCAAUAAUAUAUACCAGAACAGUAAAGCGAUUGAGCAAAUUCAUAGUCAAAUGAUUAACAUGCAAAAUAUACAAAAUAUAACAGAUGAGCGGUCAACCAUCGCGAACAGAGAACAAUCAAAUACUCAUACAAUUAGUAAACAAAACGAAAUCAGUGAAAACCCCUGUAAUAAAUCAGUAGUUCUACAGGAUGAACAGUUUUGUUUAUCACAUGGACAUCAAAGUGAUAAGCUACAGAGUAAAGUCAGUAACAAUUCAAAUAGUGUUCGUGAUUAUCAAUGUGAGAAUUCUAAAUCAAAUUGUAAUACCGUAGAAGGUAAACUACAAGGUCAACCAUUUAGACGGUGUAAAACCAAAACGACGCUACCUAUGUGUUUGGGAAAUUUGCCACUAAUUGAGUUACCAUCAUCAAAAAUGCAGAAAAAUAAACAAA